UAUAUUAACAGGAGGCUUGACGGAACUUGGCAUCAGUUAAUCGGAGCUUCGUGUCUGGAUCUUCGACGUUCAACGCAAAAUUCCUCUCUGGUUCAUGUAAAUUUCCAACAUAUAUUUGUGGUUGAAUUUGGGUAAUGGGGCAAAUUUAUCACACUUUACGGAGUAUUGAAGUAGCCUUUGUCUCCUGGCUGUUGAAUUGCGAUUCAUUGUUGGAUAAUCAGAGUCUGGGAAGAUGAGCAUUGUACCUAAGGAAACGGUUGAGGUAAUAGCUCAAAGUAUUGGGAUUACCAACUUGUUACCUGAAGCUGCUCUUAUGCUUGCUCCUGAUGUCGAGUAUCGUGUCCGAGAGAUCAUGCAGGAAGCUAUCAAAUGCAUGCGUCAUUCUAAGAGAACGACUUUAACAGCUUCGGAUGUAGAUGGUGCUCUCAACUUGAGGAACGUUGAGCCGAUAUAUGGCUUUGCCUCAGGAGGACCAUUUCGUUUUAGAAAGGCUAUUGGGCAUCGCGAUUUGUUCUACACUGAUGACAGAGAAGUGGAUUUCAAAGAUGUGAUCGAAGCCCCGCUACCAAAAGCUCCCCUUGAUACUGAAAUUGUUUGUCACUGGCUGGCUAUUGAAGGAGUGCAACCAGCUAUACCAGAAAAUGCUCCUUUAGAAGUCAUUAGAGCACCUGCAGAAAACAAAAUCCAUGAACAAAAAGACGGACCUCCUAUUGACGUUAGGCUACCAGUAAAGCAUGUACUAUCUAGGGAACUUCAGUUAUACUUCCAAAAGAUUGCUGAACUUGCAAUGAGCAAGUCAAAUCCUGCUCUGUUUAAAGAAGCAUUAGUGAGCUUGGCCUCAGACUCAGGACUUCAUCCUCUAGUUCCAUAUUUUACAAAUUUCAUUGCUGAUGAGGUUUCAAAUGGUUUAAAAGACUUUCGACUCCUGUUUAAUCUAAUGCACAUUGUUAGAAGUCUUCUACAGAAUCCUCACAUAAACAUAGAACCUUAUCUGUACCAGUUGAUGCCAUCUGUUGUAACAUGCCUUGUAUCAAGAAAGCUUGGAAAUAGAUUUGCUGACAACCAUUGGGAACUCAGAGAUUUUGCGUCAAAUCUGGUUGCACUGAUAUGUAAAAGGUACGGACCCGUUUAUAUUACUCUUCAGUCUCGUCUUACAAGAACUUUAGUCAAUGCACUGUUGGACCCAAAGAAAGCUUUGACUCAGCACUAUGGUGCAAUUAGAGGAUUAGCAGCUUUGGGGCACAAUGUUGUACGCCUUCUAAUUCUAUCAAAUCUCGAACCGUAUCUAAGUCUUCUCGAACCUGAAUUGGAUGCUGAGAAGCAAAAAAAUCAGAUGAAGAACUACGAAGCUUGGUGUGUAUAUGGAGCCUUGCUGCGAGCUGCAGGCUUGUGUAUACAUGACCGGCUUAAAAUCUUCCCACCUUUACCAUCUCCAUCACCAAGUUUCCUCCGUAAGGGAAAGGGAAAGAUAAUCAAUACUGAUCCCCACAAGCGGAAGCUGAGCAUAGAUUCUUCAGAAAACCAAUCGCCGCAGAAAAGAUUGAUAACCAUGGAUGGGCCAGAUGGUGUGCAAUCACAAGAUCAAUCCGGCUCAGCUCCAAUGCAAGUAGAUAAUCCAGUGGAAAAUGACAAUCCGCCACAAAACUCUAUUCAACCAUCCUCAUCAGAACAAGCUUCUGAUGCUAACGAAUCUGAAAGCAGAAAUGGAAAGGUGAAAGAAAGCGGUAGGAGUAGGGCUAUUACCAUGAAAGCAAUCCUUGAUCAGAUAUGGAAAGAUGAUCUUGAUUCCGGACGGCUAUUGGUGAAACUGCACGAACUCUAUGGUGAUAGGGUUCUUCCCUUUAUCCCUUCUACAGAGAUGUCAGUAUUCCUCUAACCAAUAAGAGAGAAGGAGGCUUGGAGAGAUUAAAGCGCCAUCUGAUUGGCAUACAUAAACUCAUUCAGAUCCGUGCCAAACUCCUCAGGUCAACUCGUUAGUUCGUCUUUAUAACCUUGAGGGAUUUCAAAGUCCUUGGAACCUGCAGACUGGGUUGAGUUGAAUUGAACCUGUGGCAAUGUAUAUAUUAAGAGAAUUUUAAUGAUUACGCAGUGGAUUUAUUUGUUUACUCUCAAAUGUAAUCCAUGAAAUGAAAUAUCUUCAAAUCUGUAUGAUCUAGAUUGCAAUUUUUUGAUAUUUUUGUUUUCAUGUCUCUCUUGCUUAUUUUACUCGUUACAUA